CAUAAAAGGAAAGGCAAACGAUAGAGCCGGCAGUUUGUGCCUUGCGGUCGUCAAGCCCCAAACGAUGGCUCGUCUCUCCGUCCUUGUUGUCACCCUGCUAGGAAUGGCCGCCUGCGCCGCAGCGUGGCCCGACUUCAACACUCAGCACAACAAGCUUAUUGUGACAUUCGACAUCAUGCCUGAUCCGUUCCACAAGAGGAGCUUUUUCGACAUGCCCCGGACGCUUGAGGAGGCUGCUAAAGAUGGCUGGAAGCUCAGUCAGUACAGGCAACAUGACCAAACCGUCAUCCACUGCCGCGGUAAGGACUACCGCGUGUGCCUGCUCUUCGACGAGUCUGGCAGCGUGGCGGGCAUUCGCGUGUCGGUUAGUCAAUGGGAGAUGAAUAAAAUUGGCUUCGACCUCGAGUACAUUCCAGAAUGGGAGCUGAACUUCGACCCAUUGGCGUCUGACUGGGUGUACUCCGCCACCGUGUUCUUCCAGGCAAAACAUGAGCUUUUGAGUGGUGGCCGAAACCUGACAAAGCAGGACCUCACCGCACCCAACGGCCUUUACAUCCUGCAGACAGACCAGGUGGGCUUGGAGAUGAACCGGCUCCACGUGCCCAACCAACAGUCUGAGGCACUGUCAGCUGGCUUCACCGAGCAGGCCUGCUUCUUCGGGAUGGGCAAGCACUACUUCCUGGACAUGCAGAAGGACAGCAAGUGCAUUGAACACCGCCCCUUCUUCACGCUGUACGGACCAAAAAGCCACGAGCUGAACGGCUUCGGCUUUGUGCAGUACGGCAAGAUCAGGAAGGAGAAGAACAUGCGGAACUGGUUCGAGUCCCCCACAGCGCAGGUGGCCAUGACAAUCGCGCCCAAUAGCCCUCCCUGUUUGGGAGAGUGGGUCAACAAGUAUGGCCUGUUUACGCUGCACGUCUACUUCGUUCCCCACCCCUUCUUCACUUUCUGCUAAUAUGCCAGAGAUUUUAUGUUAAACCGAAUUGUUUCCGUAUAAAUGUAAAACAGUGUUUAUUGCAUUCACAAUGCAAUAGCUCGUUAGUGACACUUUUGCUGAAAUAAAAAUGGUGCAUACUUUGAAA